AUAACCAAUCAUAGCUGUUUGUCCCAGAAUCCAUAAUUUCCGCAAACUGCACGCGCGAACAAUACAAGCAGGAGUGAGUUGUUGGUCGAAACUGUGCGAUUUAAAAGUGACUGCCACGCAAAUAUCUGUGUUUCGGAGGUAAAGAGGACAGUUAUGACCACAACGACCAACUCGUCAGUUCUUAAAGAUGUUGUUGCCUAUGUUGAUGUGUGGUCAACCGACAAAACAGGAAACUACUCAAAAACAUUCGUUCAGCAGCUCCUGGAAAUGGGAGCUCAGGUAUCAAAAACCUUCAAUAAGCAAGUCACACAUGUAGUCUUCCAAAGUGGUCGUCCAGCGACGUGGAGAAAAGCCAAAAAAAGUAAUGUGCAUCUCGUCACUGUUCUCUGGAUAAGAAGCUGUUAUGAUGAUGGCGUGCGUGUGGAUGAGGAGUUAUUUGCAGCGUCAAAUGAUGAAAGCAAUCCUGUGCUGAAGAACAAGAAACAUCGUUGCAUGCAGCCAAAAGAUUCUCCAGAGAGGACACCUGAAAAUGACAGGCGCAUGAGGAAGAAAUUAGAUAAGAUGAGGAAAGAGCUUGCUCCAAAAGAACCAAUAGUUACAGAUGUGUCACCCAUCAUUAUUGACGAGGAGAAUGGAAUAGUUUAUAGCCCUGCUUUUAAAAGGUCAGAAUAUAUGGCUCAGCGUUUGAAAGACAUGAAGGAUAAACGAGAAAACCUUUCACCCACAGCUUCACAAAUGGUUGAAUCUCCCUCACCCACCAGAUUGAAGCCUUCUCUUGGGAGCUCACCGAGUGUCCUCAAAUUAACGUAUGACCAGUCAGACGAUGAUUCCAGUGCUUCUGUUCCUGAACUUGGUUACUCACCUGAUAAGGAAGAGGGGAGAACACACACAGAUGUCAGAGACCAUGAACAUCUUGAGCUGUCCCACAGGAAAGACUGCCUCUCACCCAGCCAUCGUGUGGCUGAACAGGUCAUAAGUGUGCCUGCCUGCCCUGACUCUGAGCAUGAAGAAGGAAAUAAACAAAAGAAGUCACGGAGAACCUUGGUUAGAAAAAAAGAAAUGGAUAAAGACAAAUCUAUAGAUUUUUUACAAAGUCCUUGUCAGGACAGGAAGUCUGACAACAGUAAGAACGAUCAGAAAGAAGGAACGCAAUCACAGAUGAAGUCACCUAAAUUAACACCUAAUAAAUCUGAGAAAAGAAAAGAAAAAAACACAAAAGUAAACUCUGUAGCAGAGACUAAAUCCCAUAUUUUUCCUGACACUCUGGAAUCCUCUAGCUGCCUCUCAUCACCUGUACGAGGUGGUGCUGCUUCAGGACAGAAAAACCCCAAACGGGCUCGACAGUCAUUUUCAGCAUUGGUACGAUCUUUCACUUCAUCCAGUGAACACAAAUGUGGCACCCCCGGUACGGCUGAUGGACGUGAUGACGUGUUUGAGGACUAUUUCUCUUCAGCUAACCACAGCCAGAGAAAACAAAGACCUCGGUCACUUAAUCUACCGGUGGCAAGCGAUAUUAAAAUACCUUUUAAUUUGGAUCCUCUCCCAGCGAGUAAAAAACGAAGAAGUGAAAUCUUUGGACCAAAGGGUCAAAAAAAGAGGAAACUGGAAGAAAGUGACACUGGUAAACAUUUUGAUCAGCAGUCUGAAACUAGUAUUGAAACCCAAACUCAUCAAGGGGAAGAAUCUUUGCCUAUGUUGGAUAGUCCAAGCGUUAAUAAAAAGCCAACGGGGAAAAGGCGAAGACAAAGCACCUCAACAUUUACAAGCAUCAAUAAAACUACAAGUGAAACAACAGAAACAAGCAGUGCAUCGUCUUCAGGCCAACAAACUGCGUUACCAGAGUUUAAAGCUGUGCCAGAGCUGCAGAAAAACUCUGAUUUCAGUGUUCCUUCUCAGAUUGUGGAAAGUAGAGGAAAUGAAUGUACAGUUGCAGCUGGUUUUGCAGAGAGCCUAACUGAAGCUGAAGGAAAUCACAAUAAGCAAGUCAGCUUGACUCUACAGAAAAUGGUUAACAAAACAAAGGCACUGAGAACACUCGUCAUGACAAGCAUGCCUACUGAGAAGCAGAACACAGUGGUUCAAGUGGUGAAAGCACUCGGUGGUUUUUCAGUUGUUGACCGUGUUUGUGAAAGCACAACUCAUGUGGUGUCUGGGGAACACAGGCGGACUGUCAAUAUUUUGCUGGGUAUAGCUCGUGGCUGCUGGAUCCUCUCAUUUGAAUGGAUACUCUGGUCUUUGGAGCAAAGGCAGUGGAUUCCAGAAGAGCCGUAUGAACUUUCAGAUCAAUUUCCUGCAGCACAGCAUCCUGUGUGAAUUGUGGAUGUUGCCUCUUCCUGCACUUGUCAUUCAUGAAUCACUGUCCUGUUCUGCCCUGCAAGGAAAGACUUGGGGUCUUAAUGUAGACGAAUGUCAGCAUGUUUCCUCUUAAAAUUGCAUGAUGGCUUUUGUUGUGACAGAUAAAAUAUUUUAUAUCCCCAUGGCCUUCUAUCAUUUGGCACACCACACGCUUCCCUUUUUCAUUCAAUUCUUGUGGCCUCUAUUGUGUGGUGUGGUGUUCCUUCAGCUGUGGCCAGUUAAUCAUAGAAACAGAUUUUAAUAGUAUUGUCUUUUGUUUUUUUUAUUCUGUCAUAUAAUUUGUGAAAAACAUUGUCUCUGCUCAAAUAUUGAUACAUCUUCAUAGAAAUUUGGUUCUCUUUUGUUAUUUUUUAUUUAUUUUAUUCCAAGAGCAUAUAGCCAGGUGCUAUGCCAUUUUUGUACCAAUUCAGAUCUUUGUAGCCGUGAUGGAUCUACUCUUAACUAUCCCUCUACAGUCUCUGCAUUAGGCCAGCAAUAAAGUGGUGGAAAUCAAAUGAUGAAGACUACUCUUUAUUAGAAUAACAGGAGGUUUGCAUCAAUCUGAUAUCUCUUGAAAUAUCGAUAUAAACUGAAUACAUAUCCUGUCAGUUUAUCUAUAUAUAAUGCAACAUGUGGAAACCAGGCUUAAGUCCCUUUUUCAUAUUUCUUACAAUUUGAAAAAUUCUAGAUGAACAUCCAAAAACAGAUUUAAAUAGUUUCUUUUUGUUUAUUUUUUAUGAAAUUUUAAGAUGACAAACAUUGGAAAUUCUAGUCUGUUCUUGAUUGUGUCAUUGGUCUAAUGUUUUUAUACAGACAUUACUCAGCUGUCGUCUUGCAGUCAAGUUUGCUACUCUGUGUCUUUGAAUGGCUUUUCUCAUUCUAGAUUACCAUCAGUAGCUAAACAUGCAUUGGUCCUUUGAGGCUUUAAAUUUGAAAUGUGCAGCUGAACCUAUUAAUGGCAACAACAAAAUCACAAGUUUGUAGCAUGUAGAAUUUAUUGUGUAUUUUGGAAAAGAUAAAAUGACAGAAAGAUUUGAAAGAUCUUAAACAACACUUUAGCUGUAUGGCAGAUCAGCAUCCACAAGGCUGUUUAUUCUUUGUCACAUGACUUAUGCUUAACUAUUAUGUCACCCACUACAAUGCAGAACCAAUCUCUCUGUCUUGUGGUUGAUUUUAAACAUUCAAUAUGAGGUUUAUAACAGCUGCUCAAGCAUUACAUGUCCUAAUCUCCUAAAGCCAGUGUUAACUGGUGAAAAGUUACACUUCCGAACUUGUCCAAUUUUUCUUUGUUGUAGUUUGUUGUAGCUUCAAAAGAACCAUUACAUAAAAAUGCAGAUUAAAAAACAUUCCCACUACUGUAGAAUUAUAUUAAAAUAAUUAAUUUCCCUUCAUGUGCAAUAAAAUUAAUAACUAGCUAUAAGAAAUUUCCUUUCUUAUAUGAUAAAGUUUAUAACCAACCUUAAAAUCUACUUAUAAAUUAAACAACAAAUGUACAUAUAAUCUCUAUAGCAAAACAGUGUUAUCAUAAGAGAAA